UCCGAGCUGCAGCCAGCAACGAUCACAUCAGUCACCAUGAAGGUUGCUGCUGUUGUUGUUUUGUUGCUGUUAAAUGUGCAUUUGAGCCGCUCUUGUGUCGGAGAUGAAAACAUUUUAUUCUGCUCCAACAUACCACCAGCUUUCAGUCCUGGUUUUUCAUCUCUGGUCAUGGUCCUGAGGGAUGUCGGGGAGAUAAACUCCACUGUGUUCCGCAGCGGCAGCCUCACCUCAAUAACCAGGCUCAGGAUUGACAAGGCUGGUGUCACAGGCAUCGCUGCAGGGGCUUUCAGUUCUUUCCAGAGCCUCACAAAUCUCACUUUAGACCAGAACUUGCUGACAGAGAUCAACCCAAACUGGUUUGGUCGGCCUGAUAUCCUCACUGAGUUCAUCCUCUCAGGAAACCAGAUUGAAGUUCUGAAUGAGUCCAGUCUUAACGGGCUCAUUAACCUCAGAUGGCUACAUCUGAGCAACAACAGGAUCAGGACAAUUCAUCCAAAUACUUUUAGCUCCCAAACCAACUUGGCUGAGUUGGACUUGUCUAAAAACAGGAUGACUCGGGUCUCACCUCAGGUCUUCAGGUCUCUCCGGUCCACCAGGAUCAGACUAGAUGGGAACCCCUGGGACUGUUCCUGUGGAGCUGAAGACUUUGUCUACUUUGUCAAAGAUCUCCAAAGCAGAUCUCUGCUCGACAGACAGAUGGAGGUGACCUGUGAGAGUCCUCUGUCUCUGAGGGGUCAGCCUGUGUGGAAUGUGUCGGUGUGUGUGACGUCACCUCCACCAAGACCACCAUCAGUGACACACACGACCCACACCAAACCCAGUGGUAUCCUCACGACAGUCCCUGCGCCCACAUCUGCAAAAGUUGUGACAACACCUUCAUCACAGCCAACAUCAGAAACAAAAACCUCUGUCCAACCCAAACCCACUGAUGCACCUGUAAUAAUGUCCUCACACACUGCAACGGCUCCAUGGCGACCGACAUGGGAGACAAAAACUUCUGUCCAACCCAAACCCACAGAUAUCCUCACAACGGUCACUACACCUCCUUUAAAGAACGGUACAUUUGCAACUUAUAUGACAUCACCUCCAUCAGUGACGGAGAUCUCUGUCCAGCCUAAACCGUCUGACCUGCCCAGAACCACAUCUACACCCACUGGAAUAACUGGUUCUCUCCUUUUGAUAUUUGAAUCUCUCAGAAAAAGAGUCGCCAAAUUUCCCAGCUGUUGUUUAGAUAAUAUGUGCCUCAUAUGUUUGUUCCUUCUAGAAACUUAUCCAACGUCACCUCCAUCAAUGACAGAGAUCUCCGUCCAUCCUAAACCCUCUGACCUGCCCAUAAGUACACCUACACCCGCUGGUAGGCCUGGUUCUUCUCGUCUUUUGAUGUUUGAACCUCUGUAUAAUUUGUGUUUCAUGUGUCUGUUGUUCCUUCCAGAAACAUCCAUCAUCAGACCACCGUCAGAUACAAAUAUUGUCUGCCCCCUUGUUGUCGUGAUAGUGGUCCUGUCUUUGCUCCUGUUUGUGGUGUGCUUCCUGGUGGUGCUUCAUCGCAGGACACGCAGCAACAAAACGGUGAUGCCCGGACGUCCAGAAGAAAACAGACACGGAUCAAAAGAAGACAGCAGAUCGAGUCGUGCUCCGUCUGCAGGACACUCUGAGAAAGGAGAAAACAAUCACUGGGACUCAGAGACGGGAUGUAGGAGAUCCUUCUCUGGAGUCAGAGCUAAGUCAGCUAAUGCUAUUCUCUUUACGUCUCCUUUUUGUGCGCCUGCGAAAGACCAAGUUGCUUUGCAAACUGAGACAGAGGCUCAGUCAAAAGACACAGGAAGACAGAAACUGGGAGAUGAAACUGAAGUAGGCGGAGUAACUGGGACAGAUAAUCUAACAAACACCACAGAUACAAUGGCAAAAAAUGCUGAAAAAGUUGACACCAGUAGAAACCUAGAUGAAAACCCCCACCGUGUUUCUGUUAAUUCUGACGCUGUGCCCUAUCUGAGCAUUGGUACAAACCAGAAUAAACCCAGUCCUGAUGAUUUCAGCCAACAGUCCACUAUACGCCAAAGAUCACAGACGAGGAAAGGUAUGGGGAGGAUCUCCACCUGGCCUCCGACUGCAGUUCAGUGGCAGACAAGAUGUAAAAUGAAGGAGGAGGAGGAGGAGGAGGGGUCUGACAUCCUCACUGUGUGGACACCAAAGUCUCCAGAUGAGGUGAAGAAAGCAUUAAACAAAGAGGAGCAUCCCUCUGCUUCUGACAAACAGGAAGAUGAAACUGAGAAAAAUCAAACUCCUCCAUACCGAGAUCCUUCUGAAAUGACUGUAGCUGACAUGAAACUGGGACACUCCUCAAAACCAAACGAGGAGACCACUGUAACAAGCCCAGAGGAGCAGCUAAAGAAGGAGGAGAUGCUCCAGGACCCUGCGACUGUGAGACAUGCCCAAAACCUGACUCAAGAAAAGCUUGAUCCAAAUCAAGACCUGAAACCUGCAGAAAGUUCUGCACCCAGGAACACAAAGAAGAGCAGCAGCAAGGCCGAACAGAGAAGUGAACCCAAGCGAGUUGUGACGAGCAGGCAGAGGGCAGAAAACACUGGUCCGAAGGCUCCCUCUGGUGGCGCCUCGCCAGAUGAUGAGACGCUGCUGUCCGGCAACGAGUACGCCUUGGACCUGCUGCAUGAAGUCGUGCAGAACAACGGGCGCUGGACCAGAGACAGGUGGAAGCAGGUGCAUGCCAGCAAGCAGCGGCGUCAGGACAGAGGUACAGAAGGAGUUUAGAGAGGGAUUCACUUUAAGUUUAAUAUUAUGUUCACAUAACAUGACAAAUAAUAUUGUUCUGUUCUGUCACUCUUUAUGCUAAAUAAAAGAAUAUUGAUUUUAUUUUAAAAACUAUCUGUCAACACCUUAGGUAAUUGUUCUGUAUUUUGGAAAUGCUCUUAUUUGCUUUCAUGGUGAGAGUUAGAUGAGGAGAUGGACACCACUCUUCUGUCUGUCCAAUAAAGAGACGCUCCAGUGAUUUUUUUUUUAUGACACUUCCAUAAAGUUUGGGGACUCAGAGGAGACAGAUUUUAAUGCACAGCAGAGGUCCAGAUAUCCUGACUUUUAGUCUCUAGUUCAGGUCAAGCUUGGAACAUUCCCACAUUUCACUACAUUUCCCAUAAUGCAACAUAUAAUAGCAUCUUGCAUUAGACGUCCCCCUCCCUUCCAAUGCUGCAUUGAUGCUAGUGCCCAGAAGUGUGAGUGUUAUGUUACCUUGGUACAUCUGUGUCCGGACAUCUACAUGUAUUGAAAAUUAGGUGUUGCAAGUAAUGUUAGUUAACACAGUUGUUUGUGUAGUUGGAAGUCUUUUAAUCUGUGUUUCAAAUGUUGCUGCUGCAGUUAGGUUAAUCCUUUGGUAAUAUACUUAAAUCAGAAUUUCACAUGUUUUUAUAUUAUUUAAUUUCAUUGUUAAAUUGUAACAUGUUUCAACAUUUUUUUUAAUUAAAAGGUACUGUAGAAUCUGUAGGAUUUGAAGCCAUUGUAUGAUCCACAUUUUACACUGUAAAAACAUAUUUUGUGUUAUUGUAAAGAUGCAACUUAAAACCACAGAGAGUCAACUAGUGAUACAACUAAUUACUGAAAAACUUUUGAGGUGCUGGCCUGUGGAUUUUGUUACCUUCAGACAAAGCCAGGCUGGUCUCGAUUCUAGCUGAGCUAUGUGUCUCAUAUUUACCAUAAAGAUAUGAGAGUGGUAUUAAUCUUCUCCUCUAACUCACAGCAUGGAAGCAAAUAUGUGAAUAAAUGUGAAACUAUUUCCUUAAGAAAGUCAUUUAUUUCACCUGCUGCUGCAGUUUAAAUUGAACCUUUGUGACACUGUAAUUGUGAGUCAAUACUUGCGCCUCAUUUCCACUGCACAGUCCGGCUUGACUCGACUCACUUUUGGUACCAGGUACUUUUUUCUAUUUUGUUUUCCACUGCAGAUAGUCCCCGCAAUGCCGCAUGAAACCGCUGUUAUAUCAUCUUCAACCAACCCUGUCUCCUAAAAAUUCCAUUCAUACAUUACUAAAUUGAAUUCAUAAUUACCUUGUGGUGAGAACGUCAUCACUGCCUGGAUUAUAGAGAUGAUUCAACGUUAUUGAAACACUACAUGUAUGAACCGCACAGGGAGGUGGUCGGGGUGGAUUGUGGACAUACAGUGUGCAAGACUGUGGCACCAGAAUCCCGCAUUCACUCCCAGACUCCUUAACCUUUGGUUCAGGUGAAUCCUGAUUUUGGGUAAAUGUUGAUUUAAAAAAGAGAGGCGCUUAUAAAAAAUAAUGCUGUAGUCAAAACAAGCCCACUGCUUAUUUUUAAACUAUGAAAUGUUCCCACGUACAUUAAUGCGUAAAAUGUCCUCAUUAUGUUAAUAGAGGAAUUUGGUCAUGAUUGUGUUUCCCUCAAAACAUAUUGGCUGUUUCAAAUGAAUUGCAUAUAAAAGUAAUUUCUAGGAGACAGAGCUGCUUCAGUGUGACACAUACGGGAUCCUUUCAUCUGCAAUGAUGUUCACACUUUGUCAAUCGUACAGUGCGACAUUUUUGUUUUGUGGAGUUCCUUUUUUUAUAUAAAUUUGAGUUGAGUGAUUGAAAAAUUGCUGUCUUUUUGAUGGUAGUUCAGCUCUUUAAAAAUGGCAGGUUUAUGGAAGAAGACAGAUUAAGUGAUAUCAAAAAUAUACCAGGUACUGUCCACAACUUUUCUCAACAAAAGCAAAACGGCAAGUUGAGUUUACUUGCAUGGCAGCUGGGUUCUUGUGUGAAAUCAUGCAAGAUCACAAGGUCACACGAAAAUCCACUUGCCAAUGGCAGCCAUGUGCGUGGUUUAGGUGUUUGUUACGACACAUUGAGGCGACAACGGCGGCUCCUAAAGACGUUAGUGUAAAUGCUGCAGCACCAUCAGUUAUGCUGGAGAGUUUUACAUUACUGAAUGAAGAGCAAAGCAUGACACUGAAGGCUUUUCUCAGUGAUGUUUUGAUCUUCUCCUGACUGGCCUGUGAUAUGUGAUGAUGGACAGGUGGUUCAUCAAAUAACCUGCAAAGUAUGGUUUUAAAGUGGCUGCUUUUUUAAACCGUUUGUUCUGUGUAACAAACCAUCAGGUGCAUCAGAUCACCGUGCUUUCAUGCAGUGGAAAUGUGGCAUCAUACUACUUAAAUAACGGCACUCUAAUCAAAUGAAAUCACACCUUUAUCUCCAUGUGAUUGUCCCUUAUAUUCAUGUAGCUGUCAUGUGACGAUGUGAGAUGAAAUAAAAAGGUCUUGUCAUUUGUAUCUCUGGCUGCA